AAUGCUCCCACUUUCAGAGGAAGAUAAAGAUAUGACAUUUUUCUUUCUUCGUUGUCACCUCUCCUUCAUCGUCGUUGUCAUCAUCACCAUCUUCUUCUUCUCUCUUUCUCAGUUUUAAAAUCAACACUAUGUUACAUUUCUCACAAUAUAUAUAUUAACCAAACCUUUGUUGUGCAAGUUCAUUUGCCUUGCUCUCGUGUUGUAUCGUUUUGAGCAUUUUCUUUUGGAUUUUUUUUUUAUAUGGCACAAUUGCCUCCUAAAAUCCCGAACAUGCCGCGGAAUUGGGCUGACUUUCAUCACCAGAAGAUACCAUCGAUGGCCGAAGUCAGUAGCGCCAGAGAAAACCCUUCAUGGGUGGACGAAUUCCUUGACUUCUCUUCCUCGAGACGUGGAAAUCACCGCCGCUCCGCCAGCGACUCCAUUGCUUUUCUCGAGGCGCCAAUGCUGGAUGAAUGUCGUGGCUCCAGCGGGCCUCCGAAUCACGAGUUUGAUAAACUCGACGACGAACAGUUCAUGUCUAUGUUCACUGAUGAUAUGCCAAAUGCAGUGGCCCCCACCGUCUCAUCCUCCAACCCCACUACACCGUCGGAUCACAACGGCAAUAACGACGAGAAAGAUACACCUUCCGGUCAAAAACAGUACAUAAGAAAUGAUUCCGAUGAGGUGCAAAGCCAGUGCAAAACGGACACUCAAACUCCACCUAACACCACAACAAACACGUCCUCUGAUAGAAUAAUUGAUCCCAAGAGGGUGAAGAGAAUCUUGGCGAAUAGACAGUCUGCACAAAGAUCACGAGUGCGGAAGUUACAGUACAUAUCGGAGCUUGAACGCAGUGUUACAUCAUUACAAGCUGAAGUCUCGGUGUUGUCGCCACGUGUUGCAUUUCUCGACCACCAACGGUUGCUUCUCAAUGUCGACAACAGUGCUCUUAAGCAAAGAAUCGCUGCAUUGGCUCAAGACAAGAUAUUUAAAGAUGCUCAUCAAGAAGUGCUGAAGAGAGAAAUAGAAAGAUUGAGGCAUGUGUAUCACCAUCAGAACCUUAAAAAGAUGGAAAAUCCUGGUGCCUCGCCAGCACCGGCGCCACCUGCCGACGCCAAGCCCUCCAUAGAAAAAGAACAAGUUCUCGAUGUUUGAAUCUCACAAAGACUUUAGAGAACGAAAUGUAACAAUGAAAUCACAGCUAGCCCACAAGCGACUUGCUUGCGUGGAAGGUCGAGUCUAGGUGUCCUCAAUGUGAAGGAAUUGAAUGGGAAGGAGUCAAAUUCAAGGUGGAAAUUUAAGGCUAUCCUGCGGAGCUGUUGAAGCCACAUGAUACCUGUACAUCGACAUGACUGUUUGGGACCAAAAAGGGAUUGCAGCUGGUUGAUAUUUCAUUAAUUAAAUCCAGGAAAGAAAAAGAAAGGAGAUGCAGCUGCUGCUGUGGUUUCAAAGAAGUUAAAAAGUAUAGUUUGUCUUUGCUCUGACUGAGCAGGAGGAAUGGGGUUUUUACUUUUGUAAUUAUUUUUUUAUUCAUCUUUUUUAAAAAUUUAAGCUUUUCAUAAGGUGUGUUUGGAUGAAGAUGAUUGUCAGGCUUAGGCAAUUGGUUUUGGUGUAAUUCAGUGGCUUUAUUUCUUGGUGAAAACAAGAAAAAUAAAAAAUUGUAAAUAAAGUGCAGUUUAGAAGAGGUGAUAAUA